AUUUGCUCUUAAAAAUGUGUACACUCACAAAUGUCAUUAUCUAUGAUCUAAUUUGCUCUUAAAGCCCAUCCUCAAACGAAAGCCGUUACACCCAUCUUCUGUAGAACCGUCAUCUCCUCUGCUGGGCUGCGACGUCGUCGCACAUAACUCUUUCUGGAUCCGCCACCCGCAUUUUGUAGUUUCAUCAGCUUUUCCGGACCAAUCACCUCUCUGCUACUCUUACGCAAAAUAACUUUCCAAGUUUUGAUUUUUGCCAUCUAAAAUGGAAGAAGAGGUGAAGAAGAAGAAGAAAUCUAAGAAGAAGAAGAAGAAGAAUAAGCAGAAUAAGACCACGGAUGUUGUGUCUGAUGGCGCUACAGAGCCGGAUCAUGAUCAGAACCACAUGGGUGAAUCACUGGAGAGUACUAUUGCCAAGGUGCUGGAUAAUGAGGAAGCCAAAAUAGAUACGGAUCAAAAUAGUGAUCUCUCUAAUAAACCUCCAACUUUACCUGAAGGUGAUAAACAGUACUGGCUGGACAGAGAGGCUAUUUAUGAAGAGAAAAUUAAACAACUGGAGAAAGAGAAGGAAGUACAUGUGGAAAAUGAGUGUAAAGUUGAAGAGAGAUUUAGACGACAAGAAAAUGAAAAUAUCAUUCGCACACAAAACAUGUCUAGCCUGGAGGAGAAAACAUUGCUAUUGGAGACGGAAAAGGAUGUUCUGUUGCAGCAAGUGGCUGUUCUUCAGGUUCAAAUUUCACAAUUACAGAAUGAAAAGGAUUCCUGGCUCCAAAAGGAGGCUGGUUAUGAGGAAAAAAUUAGUCUGUUGGUUGAUGAAGCAGCAUUCCUGAAUAUGGAAAGGGUGAGAUUGGAAGAAACAAUAAAACAGCUGGAGGAGAAAAGACUUGCGCUGAUUGAAAAGGAGAACAUGAUGGGAGAAAAAGUUUCAAGCCUGAAUGCUGAUAAUGCACUCUUACAAGCACAGGUGAACGAGCUUGAAGAAUUGCGGAGAAGCAGUGUACUAGAAAAUCAGGUGCUGAAAGAAACUGCAACUACUCUGCAGUCACAAGUACAUGACCUUGAGAAAAGCGCUACGUUUUCUUAUCCAUCAACUGCGAAGAAUCUGGAUACCUCUGGAAAUGCAGAUGCUGAUUCUGAGAAAGGUUCUGGCAAUGCAAUGGUUGGAAAUCUUGUUCCUGAGAAUAUGGAGCAUGGUGACAAGGUAAAUGAAUUAUGUGUUGAACUUCAGCAGAGGGAUUCAACAAUGCAAGACUCUUCAUCUUCUAGCUCCGUCCCAAUAACCGGAAACUCUGAAUCUGCUUAUAAAAAUACCAAUAGCUCAGCUCGUGAGUCAGAGCCAAAGUCUGAAACAGCCGAGGUCAAUGAAAUCACUAGCACUGAAGUUACUCCAGUGACUAUACCCACAGAAGAUAAUGCUAUGGGAUUAGACUCUUCUGAGAUCGAGUCGAGUGAAAUAGUUCAAAUUCCUUUAGAUGAGGAUGUUUCAACAACUGAAUUGGAAAUAAUUUCUGCUGAUCAGAAAAUUGAGGUUCCUCUUUCGGAUGCACCUUUGAUUGGUGCUCCUUUCCGUUUAUUCUCGUUUGUGGCUAGAUAUGUUAGUGGAGCUGAUUUGGUCGAUAAAAAUUCGGCUUAGGUAAGUUUGUUGCCCGGCUAGCCAUAGUUAAAACUCUACAAAAAGCAGCAUUCAUUCUAGCUUGUAACAAUAGUGAAUUAUUUAUUUAGCAACACAAUAGAAAGAAAAGCCAAAGCAAACAUAGCCUAAUUUCAAGUCGUCUUUGAUUCACAAAGCGGAAAUUGCAUUCCAUUUUUGCUACCUGUAUCACCUGUAUGAGAUGCAGUCAUUCAGAGUUAUUUUAAAGGCACUCACUUUUUUUUAUAUCUCUGUUGAUGUAUUUUUGAAUGAUUGAACGUAAAAAGAGCCAC